GAUACGCGAAAGACUCAGUAUGUCAAAUAUGCCGGACGAACAAACUUUCAUUGUGGUGAGAUACGGUGAUGACGAGUCAGCACUCUUCAACCCCUAUUGUGCAAGUCAUACAUUAACGGAAUGGAUAAGAAAAAAAUGCCGAUGUGAAGAUGACAUUACGAUAGACUUGGUCGACCUUGAUGGUCAAGUAAAGAAUCUCCCUACCAGACCUAAAGACUACGCGAGUGAGAUGGUGACAGGGCGGGAAACAUACGUUCUUAUACGGGUAGAACGUUGUAACGAUGGGAAAUUUAGCUACACAUCACUACUCAACAACCUUGCCGAAGUAAAUCCCGAACUGAGUGUUAAACUGUCAAGUAUGUCCAGACCCACAACAAGAACUAGUAAAAAUAAGAAACAGAAACCACAGGUGAAGCAGGUCAAGGCGGCGCGGCAAGAGUCCUCUCAAGGAAAGAGGCCAGGAAGUAGUGAGAAACCAAAGAAAUCAGCAAAAUAAAAGUGCCUCGCUCU